CUGAUGGCUUAAAAUAUCAAUAAAACAAAAAUUUGAUUUCUGAAGAGCGUUUAAAAACUAUUUAGAUAUAUAUCUGCAUAGUUACCCACAUGCAAAUUUUGCUAUGAAAGUGCCUGGUUAGCUCAAUGGCUAGAGCGUUUGCAGCCUUACAAAUUGGAGCAUCUCCAGAGGGUACACCGGCUACAAUUGAUAAGAUUUUAAGCUAUGAAAAGGAAAUAGUUGACAAGAAGAUCGAAUUAGUCUGUAUUCCAGAGGCAACAAUUGGAGGUUAUCCUAAAGGAUCAUCCUUUGGAACUCAGUUGGGUUAUCGCUUACAAUCGGGUAGAGAAGAGUUUGCUGAAUAUUUUAAGAAUGCUAUCAGUAUCCCAGGUCCUGAAAUAAAAGUAUUGGAAGGUUUAAGUAAACGCACUGGAGCUAUCAUUUCUUCAGGAGCCAUAGAGAAAGAUGGCUCAACUUUAUAUUGUACUAUGAUUUAUAUUGAUCCCAAAUUAGGUUAUAUUGGAAAACAUAGAAAACUUGUACCUACUGGAUCUGAAAGACUUAUCUGGGGUAGUGGAGAUGGCUCUACAUUAUAUACAACCAAGACAGACAAACUUGGAAACAUUGGAGGAGCUAUUUGUUGGGAAAAUUUCAUGCCAUUAUUAAGGGCAUCAUUCUAUGCUAAAGAUCUUAGUAUUUAUUUGGCACCAACUGUAGAUGAAAGAGAAGUUUGGAGAUCGUUAAUUAAAACAAUCGGGGUUGAAGGGAGAUUAUUUGCAAUUUCUGCAGUACAAUUUUUACCACCAGCUGAUCAAAUUGGUUUAAAUUUGCCAGAAUGGGAGCCAACCAGAAAUGUAAUUAAUGGGGGAUCAAUUAUAGUUAAUCCUUAUGGAGAUAUUAUAGCAGGCCCAUUAUUAGGAAAAGAAGGAAUUUUAAGUACCGAAAUUGAUUUGGAUAUUUUGAUUGAAGCUAGAUACGAUCUUGAUUUAAAUGGUCAUUAUUCUAGAAAUGACAUAUUUCAAUUACAUGUCGAUGAAACCGAGAGAAAGGGAGUCAUUUUCAAGUAG